AUGGCGGCUGGCGGCAGCGACCCGCGGGCUGGCGACGUGGAGGAGGACGCCUCGCAGCUCAUCUUCCCCAAAGAGUGUGAAACAGCUGAGACACUUCUAAAUUCAGAGGUUCACAUGCUCCUGGAGCAUCGAACGCAGCAGAGUGAGAGUGCGGAGGACGAACAGGAACUUUCUGAGGUCUUCAUGAAAACGUUAAACUGCACAGCUCUCAGUCGCUCCAAAAACAGAGAGACCAUUGCCAGUGUCCGAAGCUUGUUGCUCCAGAGGAAGCUUCAUAAGUUUGAGUUGGCCUAUUUGGCCAGCUUUUGUCCAGAGACUGCUGAGGAGCCCAAGGCUCUCAUUCCAAGCCUGGAGGGGCGAUUUGAAGACAGGAGCUGUAGCAGAUCCUCGAUGACAUCCAGACCAAGCGCAGCUUCCAGUGCUAACCUCCAGCAUCGUGCUGCCGAGGGAGCCCCGCGCGGCACGUCUCCCAGGACCCGAAACUCUCCCAGACGACACGGGACACUGGGGACAGCAGCACCGCUGGGUCUUGGCUUGGGUUGCUGUUUCAGACUUGGCUGUUAG